UUGUGCUCUUUAGAUAAAUCUUUCCCCAUACAUUUCUGUUUCCUCUGAGUUUCUCCUUAAAAAUGUCUCUCAUUUACCAUAAUGCCAUCCUCUUCUUCACUGUGUUUUGGCUGUGGCUUGUGGCUGAGGGGGCUUUGGUUCAGCAACAACCCUUGGUGCUCAAGUACCACAACGGCGAGCUUCUGAAGGGGAGGAUCACUGUUAAUUUGGUCUGGUACGGUUCGUUUACUCCCAUCCAACGGUCCAUCAUCGUGGACUUUAUCGAAUCCUUAAACUCCCCGAAGGCGCCGCUUCCCUCGGCGGCCACGUGGUGGGGCACCACCGGGAAGUACAAGGGCGGAUCCUCUGCGCUCGUCGUAGGGAAGCAGUAUCUUCACGAGACCUAUUCUCUCGGGAAGUUCCUCAGGUCCAGACACUUGCAAGCGUUGGCGUCCAAGUUCAAUGACCUCGACUCCAUCACCGUCGUCCUCACCGCCAAGGACGUUGCCGUCGACGGGUUCUGCGUCAGCCGGUGUGGCACUCACAGGGCGAUCCCGCCCGUGGGAGGUAAACCUCGCAGAGCCUAUAUCUGGGUCGGGAAUCCUGAGACUCAAUGUCCGGGUCAGUGCGCGUGGCCUUUCCAUCAGCCCAUUUACGGCCAGACUCCGCCGCUGGUGGCGCCGAACGGUGACGUCGGUGUUGACGGAAUGAUUAUCAACUUGGCCACUUUGCUAGCCGGCACCGUGACGAACCCCUUCAACAAUGGCUACUUCCAAGGUCCGGCUACGGCGCCACUCGAGGCCGUAUCUGCUUGCACCGGGGCGUUUGGGAGUGGGUCGUACCCGGGAUAUCCGGGUCGGGUCCUGGCGGAUAAGACAACCGGGGCGAGCUACAAUGCGCACGGCGUGAACGGCAGGAAAUACUUGCUUCCGGCGAUGUGGGAUCCGCAGAGUUCGGCGUGCAAGACGCUCGUGUGAGAUGAUGGGAAUGGCUUAGUUUACACGUGGCGGAGUAUGAUGGAGCGGGUGUAGAUAUGGAUUGGUAGGAACGGUGCAGGAGAUGAUGAAUGAAAGGGAGGGAAAGCAAAAGCUGCAAUGAGACAUGUAGCAGUUUGUUUUUAUUGUUCAUAGGUCUUUGAAGUUUGGAUCAGUGUUUGUCAUUAAGUGUGACGUGUAAAUUGUAAGGUUCUAAAUGGAGGAAUAUCAUGUUAAAAAUAUGCAAAAUGAGUAUUAAAUAACAAAUUAUCAUCAUUAAUGCUUGGUUCA